UUCGAUCAGGUUUCUCAAAAAAGUCGGGUCAACAACAAGUCAACUGGCAGCACAAUGUAGUGCGACGGAUGCUGACAAGCGGCCCUUCUCCAGCCUUCGGCGCGGUGAAUGCCAACGUGGCAACGUCAAUUCAAGCUGGCACCCACCCGUCGUCUUCUUCAUUCACUUGUUCAGCAUUCUCGCCUGAACCGAGACCGCGAUCGCGGACUCCGUCGUCGUAGCCCGCAUCCUGCCUCCUCGUAGUCAUAGCCCGCAUCCUGCCUCCCCGGACGCGGCCGCAUCCACAGCAUCUGCCCUCUCCUCGUAAUGUCCAUCGCCGCUGCCGCCUAUGCACCGUCGCCCCCUCCACCUCCGCCCUCGUGGGCUUACCAGAUCCGCGUGGCCGCCGCCCAGGGCCACUUCCGCGACGCCGUCUCCGUCUUCCUCCGAAUGCGCGCCUCCGCCGCGCCGCGCUCGUCCGUGCCGGCCUCCCUCCCGGCGGCGCUCAAGUCCUGCGCCGCCCUCGGCCUCCGCGCCCUCGGCGCCUCCCUCCACGGGCUGGCCAUCCGCUCCGGCGCAUUCGCCGACCGCUUCACCGCCAACGCCCUCCUCAACUUCUACUGCAAGCUACCAGAUUCGUCUCUCCACUCCUCCGGGGUGACCACUGUGGAUGGCGCGGGAUCACCGACCGCAUUGGAGAGCGUGCGCAAGGUGUUCGACGGAAUGCUCGAGAGGGACGUGGUAUCGUGGAACACUUUGGUGCUGGGCUGCGCGGAGGAAGGGAGGCACCAGGAAGCGCUGGGAUUGGUCAGGAAGAUGUGGAGGGAUGGGUUCAGGCCUGACUCGUUCACCUUGUCCAGUGUCCUGCCAAUCUUUGCCGAGUGUGCUGAUGUCAGGAGAGGCAUGGAGGUGCAUGGUUUUGCAAUCAGGAAUGGGUUUGACAAAGAUGUGUUUAUUGGCAGUAGCCUGAUUGAUAUGUAUGCAAAUUGCACUCGGACAGAUUACUCUGUUAAGGUGUUCGACAAUCUCCCAGUACGUGACCCAAUUCUGUGGAACUCCAUGCUCGCAGGGUGUGCACAAAAUGGUUCGGUUGAGGAGGCUCUUGGAAUAUUUCGUCGGAUGCUGCAGGCUGGAGUUAGGCCUGUGCCUGUGACGUUCUCGAGUCUCAUACCUGCUUGUGGAAAUUUGGCGUCGUUGCGUUUUGGGAAGAAGCUGCACGCCUAUGUGAUCCAGGGUGGGUUUCAAGAUAAUUUGUUUAUAUCUAGCUCCCUGAUUGACAUGUACUGCAAAUGUGGGGAAAUUAGCAUUGCCCGUCUCAUCUUUGACAGGAUGCCUUCACCAGACAUUGUAUCAUGGACCGCUAUGAUCAUGGGGUAUGCAUUGCAUGGUCCAGCAAGUGAGGCUCUUGUGCUGUUUGAGAGAAUGAAAUUGGGAAAUGUGAAGCCUAAUCAUAUCACCUUUCUUGCGGUUCUGACUGCAUGCAGUCAUGCUGGAUUGGUGGAUAAGGGCAGGAAGUAUUUCAAUAGUAUGUCGGAUCAUUAUGGAAUUGUUCCUACUUUAGAGCAUUGUACAGCACUUGCAGAUAUCCUUGGCCGUGCAGGAGAGUUAGAUCAAGCAUAUAAUUUUAUAUCUAAGAUGCAAAUAAAGCCAACUGCAAGCGUGUGGUCCACAUUGUUAAGGGCUUGCAGAGUCCAUAAAAAUACUUCACUAGCUGAGGAAGUAGCCAAGAAAAUUAUGGAGCUUGAGCCAAGGUGCAUCGGAUCUCAUGUAGUUUUAUCAAAUGUGUAUUCAGCUUCUGGGAGAUGGAAUGAAGCAGCAUGCCUAAGGAAAUCUAUGAGAAAUAAGGGUAUGAAGAAGGAUCCAUCUUGCAGUUGGAUUGAAGUGAAGAAUAAACUGCAUGUGUUUGUAGCUCAUGAUAGGUCCCAUCCUUGGUAUGAUAGGAUUAUUGAUGCACUGAAUGUUUUCUCAGAGAAGAUGGCACGCCAAGGAUAUGUGCCUAACACAGAGGAUGUUUUCCAGGAUAUUGAAGAAGAGCAGAAGAGAUAUGUGUUAUGUGGUCACAGUGAGAAACUUGCUAUAGUGUUUGGUAUUAUAAGCACACCACCUGGAACCACAAUUCGUGUGAUCAAGAAUCUCCGAGUCUGUAUUGAUUGCCACACAGUAACGAAAUAUAUUUCAAAAUUAGCUGAGAGGGAGAUUGUUUUGCGUGAUCUGAACCGUUUCCACCACUUUAAGGAUGGAAAUUGUUCCUGUGGGGACUUUUGGUGAUUGGACAACACUUUGGGGAUCAUAUGUUUGUGAAAUGAGUUCCUACUGCAUGUUGUCUAUACUGAGUGUGGGCAACUGAUGAAAAGGAGCCUUCCCAAUCCAAGUGUUUUCCAUCAUGACAAGGAUAUAAGCUAUUUGGAUAUUUCUGAAAUUUAGUGCAAUCCCAGGCUGAACUAAAGGUUGCCUUUAGUUUAGAAAACCAAGUCAGUUGGUUCAGAAUGAGCCAGUCAGUCUCAUACUCUCUUUUGAAGACUAUAGUGAGUGGGACUAAAGAGGACAGUAAGCACAAUUGAAAGCGGUACACAUCACCAUGUCUCCUGAUUCUUUGCACAUAUUAUGCUGUGGUUGUAACACCGCAUGAAGAUUAUGUACAAGUUUACAGGUCUGGCAUGACAAGUUGCGACAUUUAUCCUUCAGGUAUCAAUCAAACUUGUACGAAGCAGCAGGUCCUCAUCUCAAGAGACUUAAGAAAUAGUUAAAUCAUGCAUGUAUUGAGCAUAUUACUCUCUGCAUACCUCAACUGAAAAUUAGAUUUUGGGGCACACCAAAUGAGCAGCCCGGUGGUGGACGCCCAUGAUUCCGGGCAAUAGCAGCACACUCUGGAGUCUGGGCGCCGGGCAGCGCCAUUAUUUCCCCUUCUUUCAGCAUGGAGCCACCACAGCAAUGUACUGGCUCUGCAGUGUAAAGAACUGCUGGUACAUCAGUAGGAGCCAGGUCUGAACGGCAUGCAUCGGUGCUGAACUUUUAUCGCAUGCCGCACCUUCUGCAGUGAUCCAGCAAUCCUAGGUUGGCGCGGAGCACAGGCGCAACCGGUGCGUGUGGCAUGCUGUGGCCUGCGCAGCUGUAGCUGUACUCGGCACGAGCACGCCAUGAAUGGGUUCAUUGAUUCCCCGUUAUGGAUCUGGGAGAUUGGGACCAUUCAGACCUAUAUCCAAGGCCGGUCUCAGUGGGAGUGUCAUCGACACAGUUAUCAAGAUUGGAAACUUGAGAACUGUGCUAGCUCAUCUUUUCUCUCUCCUCAUACUAUUGGUGGUACAUGUUAGCAAAUUUAAUGUCCAUGAUACUCCUAUAACAUUUCCACUGAAAUUGGCACAGCCAGUCCAUAUUUGCUUACAGCGGAGACUACAGCUGGAGGUCGCGUUAGUCCAAGAUCCAGCUGACUGAUGUAGCACCGCCUCGUCGGCUCGUCGCCGCUGGUGUGAACUGAAACAGAAGCUAUGCCUCAUCGUUUUUUACAAGCUUGUUCUUUGCACAGAUAAACUAAAAUUGCUUCGUUGAUUAAGUUUAUUUACCACUGACAAACAGUACUAGCACUAACCAGAAAGUAAGGGGUGCGGUGGUCGUUAUUUUGUACCAUGAUGAAGACGCGAAUACUGUAUAGUUGAUUGUUUUUUGAAAGUAAAGUUGAAUUCUACUUGCAGCGCUACUUGUCGGUACACGUGUACAUACUUUUGUACGCAACGACAAGUGACAAGGACGUAACAACCUAUACGAAAAGGCCGCCGACGAUGGCAGCUGCAGCUGCAGCUGCCGCGGAGGGCACGGGAUUUGCGCAGCCGGAUAAUCCGGAGGGGCGCACGAAUCGCAAAGCGAAAAGAGCAUCCGACUCCAACCACGACCCGGCUCCCGGCUCCCGGCCCCUCGCCUCCAUAUCCCAAUUCCCGCAUUCCCCGCGCCGAGCCCCCGUCUUCCUCCCUCCUCCCCCUCCGACACACACGCCUCUUUAACUCGCCUCCGCUUCCAAAAAAUUCUCCAGUUAGUUUAAUCCAGACGAGGAACCUCCUCGCCCCGGAUCUCUCCCCCGCGAAUCCCCAGGCCCGCUCGCCGGCCGGCCGGUCCCCCGCGAUCGGCUCCGCCUGCGUCCCCGGCGGGAGGUUGACCUCGCGUUGCGGCGGGGGCCUCGCCUCGCCGCCGCUCGGCUCGGGGGGCUCGGCGGUCGCUUUCGGGUUCCGUCCGAUCGAGGCCAGCGGUGCCGGGCAAUGCGGUCGGUCCGCGGGGCUGCUUGAGGCGCGUGGCUGGUAUCUGGAGCGGAGCGGUGUCGGUGGGGAGUCGGUGGUGGGCGUAGCGCUAGCUCACGCGUUUGGCUGCCGGGAUGGAGCAGGUGGUUGGGGGGAAGUUCAAGCUCGGGAAGAAGAUCGGUAGCGGAUCCUUCGGGGAGCUCUACCUCGCCGUCAACGUGCAGAAUGGUGAGGAGGUGGCCGUCAAACUGGUAUGCCACAAACAACUUCCCGUGCUAUUUUAGUGUCCACACUCCACAGUCCAUGUCAAAGGUGACCAGUUCAGAGUUAGGACUUCACUCCAGUUGUAGUAAUUUGCAUAUGUAGUUAGCCUAAUCAUUGCUGCGUGGCCUUGAAAGCAUCAUGGCGUAUUAGGAGGCGGGAGCUGGGCAAUUAAGACAAAGAGUUUCCUGUACAGAAAUGAUGUGUAUCCAACAUUGUCUAUGGCUCUCGCUACAAAUUGUCAACAUUGAGACCUGGGAUUCUGGAAAUAAUCUUCAUACUUGUGAAAUGAAUCAUUUCUAACUCACAAUAUAAUUCAGGAGAUAGGAAUGCUAAUUUGAGUUGAUGAACCUGCUGUAGUCCUUAGAAGUCAAUGCUGAAAAGCAGCCCAGGGAUGUUAAUCUCUUGUUUGUUCUGAUUCGAUGAUUCUCAAAAUUAGAUUUUAGUUUAUGUUUUCUCUAUCUAUGCUAAACUGAAUUAGUGUGUUAACUGACGAUGAAUACUGCUUGGAGGCAGUAAUAUCAACAGUGGCAUAUCAAAAGUACCUUUUUUAUGAAAGAGAAUAUCAAAAAUACUUUUGGCACAUAUAUGUAUUCAGUAUAUGUUCUAAUUUCUGUGCGACCGAUCAUUUUCAGAAGAACUUGAUUUUUGGCAUUGAUACUAUUUGUCACCCUUAGUUACUAUUAGGAAUCUAGUUUUGCCUGCUCACCUUAUUUUGUGUGUGUAUACCCUUUUAGGAAUCGGUGAAAUCACGGCACCCUCAGCUUCACUACGAAUCAAAACUGUACAUGCUUUUGCAGGGUGGAACUGGGAUUCCACAUCUGAAGUGGUUUGGGGUGGAGGGCGAGUACAAUGUCAUGGUGAUUGAUCUGCUUGGUCCAAGUCUGGAGGACUUAUUUAACUACUGCAGCAGAAAGUUCUCCCUCAAAACUGUACUAAUGCUUGCAGAUCAGAUGAUCAGUAGAGUAGAGUAUAUGCAUACAAAGGGGUUUCUACAUCGUGAUAUCAAGCCUGAUAAUUUCCUCAUGGGUUUAGGGCGUAAAGCAAACCAGGUUUGUACUACUUUUGCUAAACCUUAUUAAGAAUCAGUUUUCCUAUUGAAAGCAUUGUGCAUACCAGUUGGGCAAUGUCAAAUCAAAACGUUUCGAAUAUGAAACACUUUGGAAUGUCUAAGUGUACAUUAUUUAAGUAUCCUACUAUUUGAUGUCUAAUGAUAAUGGUGAAGUUGAAUGAUGUAAGCAGCCAUGUUUGUCAUUAAUAAUUACUUUGUAACGUAACAAUCAUAUCAAAUAAUAGGGGUGAUUAUGCUUUCAAGCGAAAUGAUUAUUGGUUUUCUGAAAUUGUAAAAUGUUGAUUGUUGUGUAUCCAUGGAUAGAGAAAUGACUAGUUGUUUUCUGGCAAAGUUACCAUCUAAAAACAGUUGAGCACUCUCCACAGGUAUUUGUCAUCGACUAUGGCCUUGCGAAAAAAUACCGAGACCUCCAAACUCAUAAGCACAUACCAUACAGGUAAAGGAGAAUUUAUGCCUAUAAAAAUUAUAAAGGAGCUCCUAUCUAAGCAUCUUGAAGUGGGAAUUGUUCAAGUGUACUAUCCAAAUUAGAUCAUAUAGUUUAGUGUCUGUAUUCAUGUUCUGACUUUCCCUAAAUGUAUUUUUUAUACCAUUGGCAUUUUUUCAUAGUUUUCACAUACCAUAAAGUUUCUGUGGUGUAUUGUGAUGCAACAGCUUGUUUACAGUUUAUUACAUGAAUAAGUUCUUGGUUCUAAAGCCUACCUGGAAUUCAAAUUUCGGGUUAAUUGUACUUUUGGUCCUGGUCACAGACACUCUAUUUCUAAAAGGUUAACCUGGUACCUGGCUUGAUUGGAAACUGUUUUUAACCAAAGCGUGAGUUGGUUCAUAUAAGCAGCAUGAAUCACCAAGCUUCUAUAUAUUUUCUCCUUGACCAUGUCUAAAUUGGCCACUUUGCCUUUCUACUGGCUGAUAUAGCUUGCGAGCCAGGUCAGGAAUGGCAUUGUAUCUUAAACACGUGUAAGGAUCAAAUAUUAAACAUUGUAAAUGUGUUACUGCACGGAUCAGUAUUCAAUACCAACAUUUUUUUUUGUUGGAAAAAUUGAUGCUGCUACUUUUUCCCCUGAGAGCUUCAAUCUUUUGGUUAUAAGCUUCUAAAGAUGUUAUGUUUUUAAAAGCUAACAUUUGUCAUGCCGCAGGGAAAACAAAAAUCUCACAGGGACAGCGCGAUAUGCCAGUGUAAAUACCCAUCUUGGAGUAGGUGAGUUUAUGGCUUGUAAAUAAGAUAUGUACUACUGUAUGUCUGUAUCAUCAGUAUCUGAACAUUAAAUGAUAAUUCAUGGGGCAGAGGGAACAGGAAGGCAAAUAUCGUGAACAACUUAAAUAUCUUGAAAACCUGAAACACUACACUAGACCUUGAACUUGAAGUCACUCAACUGUGGACUAUUCAUCCACAAAUCUGGAAGCCUUGAUAGAUGAAUUUGUAUUAAUCUUUCUUGGUUUCCUUCCAGAACAAAGCAGGAGAGAUGAUCUGGAAUCUCUUGGUUAUGUGCUGAUGUAUUUCUUAAGAGGAAGCCUUCCUUGGCAAGGAUUGAAAGCUGGCACAAAGAAGCAAAAGUAUGAUAGAAUCAGUGAAAAGAAAAUGUUAACGCCAGUUGAGGUAAUUGCUUCUUUAGAUCAAGGCACAAUGCGAUGCGAAGUCCCUAUGACCCCAUCACUUACUAUGCUGUUCAAACAACACAUUUCACCAAUUGUUCACAACAAUAACAUGCCAAAUUUUUAAGCAGGUCCUUUGUAAAUCAUAUCCAACAGAGUUUAGUCAUUACUUCCAUUAUUGUCGAUCCUUACGAUUUGACGAUAAACCAGAUUACUCCUAUUUAAGGAGAGUCUUCCGUGACUUAUUUAUCCGCGAAGGUAUGGUUAAACAUUAGAAAUGUAUUAUCGAUUCUCCUUGCGCCUAUAGUGUUGAUGUGACUUGUUCUGGAUACAUGCAGGGUACCAACUAGAUUACGUAUUUGACUGGACCAUUAUGAAGUAUCCUCAAUUUAGAGAUAAAAGCAAACUUCAGUCUAGCGGCAAGACUAGUGGGUUGGCAGGCCCUUCUGCAGAACGAACUGAGAGAACUGCAGCUGAAGCUUUGUUUAAAAGAACUGGAUCUGGUUCCGGUCACAAUAGAGAACACACCAAGCACAGAAGUCUUCUAGAGUCCCUGAUGCCAUCCAAGGCUGUUGAUUCAGAUAGAACAAGGCCGUCAUCAUCAUCGCGCAACGGAAGCACAUCAAGAAGAGCCAUCCUUUCAUCAAGCAAACCAAGCUCUUCUGGAGAUCCAAGUGACCCAAACCGCAUGGGCCGCAUGGUCUCCAGUGCCAGCAGCCGCCCAUCAACCACUGCCCAAAGGGUGCACCAUCUGGGUGGAGCUGAGAUCAGGUCCUCAUCUUUAUCGAAGAUCAGAGGGUCUUCACAUGAUGACGCUAUCAGGAACUUUGAGCUGCUCUCAAUUGGCGCUGACAGGAGAAAAUAAGGCGCUCAUGAAAUGGGCCAGGUUCUGGACUCUGGAAGAUGAGGAUUUAGUGCUGGGGUGGUGUAAUGACUAAUGAGCCGGCAGCUCCCAGGAUUUGUAUGCUGAAAAGUUUCUUCUCGAAGUAAAAGAGAUUAUGUAACUUA